UCCCUUCCAGCGUUUCAGGGCUUGCGUUCCAUCAUACCCAGGCACCACACUGGUCCAGCUGCACAACCUGGCACUGAUAUCCAAGAUGGCACCCAUGGUCUCCCCGCCUCUGACACCCACAGGUAUUUUACCAUCCUGAAGGGUAAGAAAAACUACCAGAGAGCGAAGUAGAAAAGAAAGAGACGGCAGAAGGAGGAGAGAAGAAGACUGGCUUCGUACCUUGGGAGAGUAGGAGACAGAGGGAGGGAGAAGGAGGCAGAGGGGAGGAGGGGAGGGAAAGGAUUGCAAAGAGAGAAGAGGCAGAGGGAUAGAUGCACAAAAGAAAGGAGAGAGAAAAACUGAUGAAAGAAGAGAGGUAGAUAGUAGGGGAAGGGGGAAAGGCACCUCAGGCACUGGAGAGGGAGAUGGAAGAGAGACUAGAGAUACUGAGUUAUGUAGAAGAGGGAGGUUAGAAAGAAGGUCAAAGAGGCAUUGCCGGCAAUAAGGGAAAAGACUGAGGAAAAGAGAAGAAAGCACUGAUAGGGAAUCCAAGGGAAGGAGAUAGAAACAAACACCUUCACCUGCCCCAUCAACCCCCCCAACCCAUCCCUUCCGCCCCACAUUGCCUUCAGUGUCUGACUCCUAUAGCCAGCCUUGCACUUAUCCCAUCCUCUGCUCAUCCCUACACACACACACCUGCACCUCUGCCCCUCCAUAACCCUCCCUAGUUUGGAUCUGGCUGCCACACUUGACUCUGUCCAUGGAUUAAAAAGCAUCCAGUGUCCCAGGGGAGCAUCACUGCCUCCUCCUCUGAGAUUUGAGUGGGCACCAUCUGUGAAGCCGGCUGCUGUCAUCAACCUCUUAGUAGCAGGAUGCUGUUGGCCAAAACUCCAUCUCUACUACUGGUGCAGGUUAUCACUGCUGGGAUCAGUUUUGCCCUCACCUCUCUCCAGGACCAAUGUGAAACCCUGCAGCACAAUUCUAAUGUUACAGGUCUCGCCUGUAACGCUUCCAUUGAUAUGAUCGGCACUUGUUGGCCUCGCACUGCAGCUGGACAGAUGGUGGCCAGACCCUGCCCUGAGUACUUCCAGGGGGUGCAAUACAAUACAACAGGGAAUGUCUACAGAGAGUGUCACCUGAACGGCAGCUGGGCUGGGAGAGGAGACUACACUCAGUGCCAGGAGAUUCUGAAGCAGGAGAAGAAAACCAAAGUUCAUUAUCACAUAGCCAUUGUGAUCAACUUCCUUGGUCACUCCAUCUCCCUUUGUGCCCUCCUGGUGGCUUUUAUCCUCUUCUUAAGGUUGAGGAGCAUCCGGUGCCUGCGUAACAUCAUCCACUGGAACCUGAUCACGGCUUUCAUUCUGCGCAAUGUAACCUGGUUUGUGAUGCAGCUCACUCUCAGCCACGAAGCACACGACAGCAACGUGGUUUGGUGCCGCCUGGUCACCAUCGCUCACAAUUAUUUUUACGUUACCAACUUCUUCUGGAUGUUUGGGGAGGGCUGUUACCUACACACGGCUAUUGUGCUAACCUACUCGACCGACAAACUGCGCAAAUGGAUGUUCAUCUGUAUCGGCUGGUGUAUUCCCUUUCCCAUCAUUGUGGCUUGGGCCAUUGGCAAACUUUACUAUGACAAUGAAAAGUGCUGGUUUGGUAAGAAAGCAGGAGUCUACACAGAUUUUAUCUACCAGGGACCGGUUAUCCUUGUACUGCUGAUCAACUUUAUAUUUUUAUUCAACAUAGUGCGGAUUCUGAUGACAAAGCUCCGAGCUUCCACCACUUCAGAGACCAUACAGUACAGGAAAGCAGUUAAAGCCACCCUGGUGCUCCUGCCUUUGCUUGGGAUCACCUACAUGCUUUUCUUUGUGACGCCUGGGGAGGAUGAAAUUUCACGUGUAGUCUUUAUCUACUUCAACUCUUUCCUGCAGUCCUUUCAGGGUUUCUUUGUAUCGGUGUUCUACUGCUUCCUUAAUAGUGAGGUGCGUUCAGCAGUCCGGAAGCGAUGGCACCGCUGGCAGGACAAGCAUUCGAUCCGCGCUCGUGUGGCCCGCGCUAUGUCCAUUCCCACAUCGCCCACACGGAUUAGUUUCCACAGCAUCAAGCAAUCUUCUGCCAUUUGAACUUAGUCUCCAUGAGAGUUUCCCUUAAGCCCCUGCUCUCCUGGAACUCCUCAAACCCUCACAAGACAAGUCAUCUUCUGAAUGGCUGAAGAGGGUUUGUCCUCCUGCGUGGUUUCCAGCUUUGCCCAUAUACCAGGGGCCAAUAACUUAUCUUCAACUAGACGGACCAAGACAAUCAACACAAGAUACAGCCGAGUGCAGGUACCACAAGGGAGGUUCCACAAGCAAGAGCAAAGUAGUGGCACUGCCAGGCCCCAGGGCAGACACAGGACUCUGCACACAGCACAAUUCAUUCACUGAUUUAUCACCAGCCAGGUGCAAAUGAACUCUGAGAGCCACAGUUUAUGAUUUUUCCAAAGGGAAUGGAUGAUCACAAUAUGGAUCCUCUUUUCAGUGCCUGGAGAAGCAGGCCACACCAGCACCAGACCAAGCAGCUGCAUCUGAACGAAUGGGAAGCCCUACACAACAAGUAUAAUCAUUCUCAACAAACAAAUACAAGCACAAAGUAUUACAUAUAUAUAUAUAUAUUUGUGUGCUGUGCACUGGGGUCUGCGUCAGUGCAUUCUGGAACAUCAUUCAAUGAAGAUGUGUAUCCAUGAAUUCUAUGUCAUGUGGAAAUAUGUCAUGUGGACCAGAAAGGGCAGUAGAUCAAGACUUCCAGGUGUCUCUGCCGAGACGAUUCCUGUAGAUGAACUUUAACAGGCUGAGGUCUAUAUUUUCUGUAACUCUUCAGUCUGUAAGCAUAAUCUUGUUUAUAUGUUAUUCUGUGGAAUUUAGGUAUAAAUCAGAACGCCUACUUUGUCUUUCUGUUCCAUGUCUACAUGUAGUCUUGACUGGGGACUCUGUGCUUAUCUGCUAUCACACAAGCAGACAGUCAAGAAUAGGCAAGACAUGAGAUGUAAACUGUACAAGUGCAAUUCCACUGGUAGGCUUGAGGGGAUCUAGAAUCAGCCUUACACUAUGCCUUCAUCCCUAACAUACACAAAAUGCAUAGUCCAAUUAUAUUUGCCCUUCUAGGUAAACCUAUAUUUGCACCUUAUCUAACCUACUCUCAUUCUGAGCCUUCACUAAAAUGUUCUUCUUUUAAGAGUAACCAUGAAAGCCCUAAGCAGGGUCAUCAUAACUGAGUAACCACCAUGAAGGAGCCCUAAGAACAUCAUCUAGAUGUUGUCCACCCUCAACACAUAUACUGUGGACACCAUCUACUGCCUUCUAACCUCACAUACUGGUUUAACACAAGGUGCCCCAGCAUCCCAAUAUAUAGUUAUAAGUGAAUAUUUUAACACAGCACAGUGUGCAGCAGCAAAUCAAUCCAUAUAUUUAUAUAUUUAGUAUGGACUCGAGUCCGCCAUGUGUAUAUGAGCAAAUGAAUCCUAAUACAUAUAUUUAUAAGUAACACGCGAGAGUUGUUCAGUUUUAUGAAUCAUUGCCGGUGUUGUGAAUUCUGUAUUCAGAGUUAUAUCUCAGAGGGAUCUACACAAACAUGUUUGUUUUGUACCUUCCUCAAUAAAGUGGCCCAGUUGCUCUGGAAAACCAUUAGUCAACUGGUAGAAAGAAUAAAAUGGCAUUGUUGAAAAA